UGCUACCUCUUCAAACAUCGACGUUCUGAGCGAAAAGAAGCUGCUUUCAACUCGGAUUGCCAGGAAGAGAAGAGAGAUGGGGAACUGCGUCGGCUUGCAGAAGCGGGUCGGUGGCGUCGAUGAGGAUGAUUUCUGGGGAGCCAUGGGGCAAAAGAGCUCCGGGCGUCGCGGAACGCAGCAGGAUGAAGCCAAGCUUUUCUUGGAACCGGAGAGGGAGGAGGGAGGCGCCGGCUCGACCGAGAUCAAGAUCAGGAUCAGCAAGAAGCAACUGGAGGAGCUGCUACGAGGAACAAGAGGCAAAGAACGGCCGCUUCAACAACUCCUUGCCGAUCUCAUCAGCAUGGGCGAGACCUGGGAACACCAUGAUCAAGAGACGCACUGGAGGCCGAGUCUACAGACCAUACCUGAGGUACCCGAGUAAGCUGUUGAUCUGAAGAUGAUGACGACGCAUGCUUGUCUUACAAGAGUGUGUCUUGUUCAAGAUAGGGUUCAUACUUGUAUCCCUCUUUCUCCAAUUUAAUGUGUCAUAUACAGAUCGUAGAUUAGAUGAUGUAAAAUAAAUUACGAGGGAGGACAUAUAAAAGAUAUUUUAGAGGAUUAUUUAAGAGUUUUGAUGUUUACAUUUUAGGUGAAUA